AUGACUGCUAAAAGGUUAAGUAUAAGAAAUGCUGUUAUUCCAAAUGGUUUGAGCGAAGAUGAGAUUAACUCAUCUGAAUCUGAAGAUGAAAUGAGUAAAAUGACACAUGCUUUACGAAAUGAAUUGAAUAUGAGCGAAAAUUCUUCAACAAGUGAAAGUGAUAGCGAUGAAAGCGAAGAGAAUGAAAGUAAAGAAAGUAAAAGAAAAGAAAAGGUUGAAACUAAUCAAAACUUGAAAAAGAAAAAAAGAAUGCAUUGGGUCAAAAAAGAUUUUGUAGCUCCGACAGCUGACUUCGCUGACAACAUGCCAUCGCCACCUAUUCAUGAUGAACUGGAACCAAUUGAUUAUUUUUAUAUUAUGUUCGGCAAGCAAUCAACAACACUCUUGACAAAUCAAUCGAAUCUAUAUUCUGUUCAAAAAGAUCCCAACAAACCAGCACGUAUUUCGGAAACAGAAAUGGAACAUUUCAUUGGUAUUUUGUUAAUGACAGGUAUUUAUUCUUUUCCAGAACAACGUUAUUUUUGGUCGAGCAAUACACGUGUUGAAUCUAUAUCUUCAGUCANAAUAUAG